AUGUCAUAUGGGGCCAUGACCGGGAUCAGCUUCACAAACGGUGGCGGAUUCUCUUUCGAAGGCAAACCAAAGAGCUUCAAGUGGGGCAACGGGGGUAUGAUGGGCAGUUUUGGUGCGAAGUAUUAUGGCGAUGCUGGUGGUGACUCGCCAAUGAUCCCCUUCUCAUCGUCUAUCACCAUGGAGCCCUCCUCGUUUGCCGCAUCCGCCCAUGCGUUCGGCCUGCCAUCAGGCUCACUGUCAUCGAGCUAUCACCGCAGAUCAUAUGCUGCGGCUGUGUCAGGAAGAGACGCAGCCAACCUCUCUACAUCCUUCGCCUCCAUGUCUUUUCAGCCAAUGUCCCUUGGCACCUCCUACAAUCGCUCUCAGGUCCAAGGCCUCAUGCGUUCCGACGCCGAGCUCACCAAAGCAUACGAAUGUUGUAAUAAGACCCACUCUGGGCUGCAUGCGUUACUAGAGCAUGUCGAGGACUGCCACCCUUUCGCUGACCCCAAUAUGCAGCCGGAGGAUACUUUCUCCCCGGUGACACACGCCAUGGACCUUGACCUUGAAGAUGUCGAAGAAGAGUCGGUGCCAGUGCCUGCUUCGGGUUCGUCCCACGCGAGCCUGUCUCCGCAUUCUGCCGCCCCUGUCCCUGUCCCCAACUAUCCCCUGCCCAAGGCCAGCCCGACAGACAUUGGAAACAAGUCGCCACUCAAACUCUCCGAUGUGCUGAAGUCCCCGCCUGAUGGUGAAACGCUGGUCCGCCCUUCCAACCUGACCCUUACGCGUACUCAAUCUUCCUCCUCCUCGCCACCCGAAGGCUCUAUCGCCACACCCACCGCUUCCACCCAUCCUUCUCCCAACUUCAUAGCUCCAAAAAUGAACCCAUCCAGGCCUGCGUUCCUUGGUUCCAACGCCAUGCGGCCAGCACUAUCUCAGAAGAGGUUUGACAGGGCGUUCAACGAGGUGGUGGCAGGCAAGAAGGACGAUGUCAAGUCGGAUGUGCCUACGGCCGUUGCACCGGGUGUGCUGUUUGCGAGUGCCGUCUCGAGUCUGGGAAUCCCCACCGUGCCGCCUGGAACCAAGACAGAGCAGCCGGCUACUCCUGCCCCUAAAGAGGGCGAAACGCCAACACCUGCAGAAGCCCCGAAGGCGCCUUCGGCUGCGUCGACCCCGGGUAGUAUCGACCCCGCUGUCAAACCCGCCGGGACUCCCACCAGUGCUGCGCCCACCACGCAAAACAAGGGCAUUGAAGCUGCCCUUCCCCAGCCGAGUUUGUUCUCUUCCCACAAACCUUGGAGAUGCCCCAAUCCUGGGUGUAACAAGGCGUACAAGCAGAGCAAUGGACUCAAGUAUCACCAGCAGAAGGGACAAUGCGACUUUGCGAUCCAUGAUGCCGUCGACCUUGGUUUGACGCUGGAGGAGGCGGAGGAGAGGAAUAGGCCUUUUGUGUGUGCGGUUGGUGCGGGGUGUACCAAGAGGUACAGGCAGAUGAAUGGCCUCAAGGCAAGCCUAUCACAAAAGUUCUAUCACUACCUGAACUCUGGCGAGCAUGGUCUUUACGGACUGCGUAUGCUCCAAAACGGCACCCACCCUCACCCACCGUCCUUGCCCGCUCCUCCUGCCAAAGCCCGCCCCACACCUCUUCCCAGCUCGACCGCCCAUGGCAAUGCCCCUAUAUCUCGGCCCACUGGUGCACCCUACGCCAUCCCAUCACAUGCCAAUCACGCCCCACAUCCCGGACAGCAAGGGCGUGUCGUCGGUCAGGGACCUGGACACCAUCCCAAUGGCCAUGGACCUCCUCGAAUGGGCACUUGGCCUGCUCAAAGGCCCGCAAACGGUGUAUCCGUUCCCAAUCCGCGCCCCAAUGGUCAUCCCCACGCUCCGCCUAGACCACAAGCAAGACCUCCUCCUCAGCCGCAGCCUCAGCCUGUCACCAAAGGCCGCGAUGCGGUAUUGUUCAGCGCAGUGGGAUCGGAGGAUCCCAUGGACAUUAUGAGUCGGAUGGAUCAGUGA